GGUCCAUGGAAAAGCGGCUGGACACAUUGGAGAUAGAGCAGGUGGUUGAAGCAAUCUCUGAAGAGAAGAUGAAAAGCUUGAUCCUUUGCAAGGGAUCCGAAGACAUCCGCAAAUUGUUCGGUAGGUCUGCGGAUGAGAAUGUCACGAUCACCCGCUCCUAUUUGGAAGAACACGCCUG